AUGUCGGAUAUAACGAAGCGAGUUUCAAUAAAGAGCAUAUAUCUGAGUUUAUUCAUGCUCGGAUUAAGCUCAAUGCUCAUAAACUCCAUGAUGGACUUGGAGUCAUUCAUUUUCCUGAGGCUUCUUGGUAGUAGUAUCUAUGAUGCCCAGGGUAUGUGCUUCUUCUUGCGGAGAUUUAACUUAAUGGUUGGUAUUGUUAUGACCUUCCUCAGCAUUACGUUUUGUGGUCCAGUUGUAUGUGGAUAUUGGCAUUGGCUUUUGUUUUUUGGCUACUUGAUAAUGUCAGUGUAUAUCUCACUUCUCUCUUCUAGUGCUGCUACCAUUUCCAAGUCAACUGUUGCUGGUGUUUUCGCACUCUCAAUUAUAUCUUAUGCCCUGCAAACAUCUUCCGUAAAGUUUAUGUUUGACCCAAAGAUAUUUGACGGUGAUGAAGAUUGUUCUUUGCAUAUCCUAAUAUUUUUGGCUGGUUGUUUUUCCUCUGGAAUUUUGGUUCGUAUGCUUUUGAAGUUUAGUAAAACCAAUCCAUUUUUGACAUUGAACGAUUCUCGUGCAGCUUUACACCUGUUCAAUAGGUUAUUUUGGGUAUUUACCUUUAUAUCUGGUAUCUCUGCACUGUUAUUGAGCAGAAUGACGUGCGUAAAGGAUGAUGAAGAGGACGAAGAAGCUACAAGUGGCCAAUCGCUCUCUGAAUUAUUGAAUAACAAUAACAGGUGGAUUUUUGUGGCCGCUUGUUUGGGCUGGUGUUUUUCUCCCAUGCUAAAUAAUUUUGCAAUAUCUCUUGUUCAUAACUUGGAUCGCCUACAGUCAAUAGAUUUGGAAUAUGUACAAUACUUCACAUCACUUGUUGUUUCACUAAUUAUUUGCACAUUGGUUUAUAAUGAGAUAAUAGUUUUCAAGGGCAAGACCGUAACAUAUAGUUCCUUUUACACUGCAUUAUGCGGUAUUGUUAAGCUUGAAGGUGUUGAAAAUACACUCUCAGAUGAUGGUGUUUCAGAAGAAGCUACUUCUAUGGCUUCAUCUAUAAACUCCAGAUUAGUUCGUUCAAUCCAACCGUGGGUUGCACUUCCACAUGGAUACUGGACCGAAUGGGAAGAAUAUGAUAACAGUGAUAAUCACCGUAUGGUAACCCUAGUAUCUAUGCAUAUGACGAUAUCGAAGAUACGUAAUGAGGAUAUUUAUGAUGUUUAUGAUCCAUGUGAGGACCCAAAGAGCUUAUCUGAUUAUUAUAUGGAUCUUUUGGAUUGUCGAUAUUCCUUGUUGUGGCUCAUAUGCUGUUUUGUCAGCUACUACCAGAAUUUGCUUGCUACUAUCGGCGAAAUAUUUCCGGACGAAAGUUGUGGAGGGACUAACUGCUGCUGUUUAACAGAACUUUGUACAAAGAUUAAAUCUCACAAGUGUUGUUGCAUAUCGGAAGAGAGCAAACCAAAAAUUGAAUGUAAUAAAUGUCAGGCAUGUGAUUGCAAAAACAAUAAAUAUCUGAAAUGUUAUGUUACAAGUACAAUAAAUACGUGCAUUAAGGACGCAAACAAGUUAAUUCUUGAUAUAAAUUCUUGUAAUGAACUAGGGGAUGACUUUGAGGUUACAAGUGAAACAAUUUUACUUUCUGCCACAGCUCUAGAACGUUUUUUAUUAACAUUUUUGUGUCUUCUUGUGUACGCUAGAUUGGUGGAUGAAUUUCUUUUGCUCCAUUCAUUAAUGAAGUCAAUCGCUGUAAAUAUUUGUAAAUCGUUUUCAAACUAUUGCGAAAAGUGUAAAUGCGAAAAAGAUUCCAAACCUGAGGCGAAGGACUGCAAAUGUUGUUGCACCCUGUAUUUUAAACUUCUUAAAUGCCUAUGCAUGUUACACGAGAAACACAAUGAUGUUGUAAAUAUAAUUUUAGGAAAAAGUGCUGCGAAUUUGGCAAGCACAAUUCCGACCCUAUCUUUAAUCAGAUCUGUUUCACUACUAUCCACAUAUUUUUCUGAUUUCUUGGAUUCAAAGUUUGUUUGUGAACCUUCGACUUGUGGAUGUAAGUGCCAGAAGGACAAUUGCUCAUGUAAGAAAUACAGCACAAAGUUGGAUGAUAUCCUCAAUUUGAUGAUAGGAGGAUUGGAAUUUUUUUCAGAAUGUGAUGGGUUACUUUCAUCGGUGAUUUAUUUGAUUUCUAAUUUUGCUAAGGAGAAUUUUACUUGCAUUUCUCUUCGUCCUAGCACUCUUUAUAUGCAUGAUUGGACUUUCCCUAAAAUAUCUUACGAUAAAAUUUGUGAUGUAACAAAGUUAGACUCAUGUUUUUCAAAUUUAUCUGAAUGUUGCCCUUCUAGUUCUGGCAAGUGUUUGUGUCAUAAUGGAAACGCAAAAAAGGAAUACUAUUGUUGCCAAUGUUGCUCUGAAAAUUGCGUCUGUGGAGGUGUUCCUACCUCUAACAAAUCAUGCUGCUCUGAAAAUUGCAAAUGCAAUUGUUGCACAAAAAAUGUUAUGAUAUGUUGCAAGUGUAUAGAAAGGGAUAAGAUCAUAUCCUGUUGUGCGACAUAUAGCACAGCAAAACACCGUUGUAACACCUGUUUGGACUGUUCAUGCCAUUCACUUGAAGGGUUUGGUAUAUGUAUCAAUGGGAACAAACAGGAAGAAUGUGAAAAACAUAGUUGUGGAAAAUUCAACUGUCUGAUUGGUGGAUCUGAGUGUUCAUUGAUUUGUUGUGUCUCGUUGACAAUAUCAAGGAUAGGCAGCUCAUCCAUAUUUUCCAUGUGCAGGGAGGUUUUUAGAUUUGGCAGUCAUCUCAGAAAAAUAUCUUCUAAUAGUUGCACUCAUGGGAAGGCCUGUGUCUGUAAAUGUUGCGAAGAUAUAAAAUGCUGUAUUGAUUGUAAUGUUUUUAGCUGCCUCAAAACUAUCUGUUCCGAGACAAAAGAUACCAUUGAGUGUGUAAAAGCGUGUAAGGAUGGCAACUGUAGCUGUUUACCUUGCCUUUUAGGUUGCACUGUUUCACAUAUCAAAAAAUUUAAAGCGUGUUUCACUCAAGGGAAAAGCUGCAUGAUAUGCCCACAAGUAGUUGAUGAUUGGUCAUCAAGAAAUUGUACUAUUUCAUCCAGCAUUUCAAGCUCUUGUUAUAUUAAGACAAUUUCUAGUUGUACAUGCCAAAAUUGUUGUUGCAAAAAUGAAUCAGCUGGAUGUACAACCACUGAAUGCAAAUGUCCUUGUGCUAAGAUAAAACCCUCAGACUUUGAAUCACUAUCAAAACGUAUAAAUACAUACGAUAAAUGUACCAGAAAUAGGUUAUAUAAUGUUAGAGCUUAUGGUUUUUGUAAAAUAUCACAAAUUGAAAGAAAUAUUAAAGAAAUUAAUGAAGAAACUGAAAAAUGUAAGAAGAAUGUGGUUUGCGAUAUAACUAAGCUAACAGGGAGAAUGGAGCUUGUAGCUGGUCAGAGCAAAAUAUUUAAAUCUAUGUUGUCAACUAUAACGAGAACAUUGCAUCGUAGUUCACUUGAAUUCAAUAAGCUAUGUAAAUAUUUAGAUUGUUUGAUGGAAAAAACCGGGAGGUCUAUGCAAUUGGUAUAUUCUACAAGGAAAUCAAUGAUGACUCAAUCAAUGAAAGAUGUUGUCAAAGAAUAUAAACAAGAAAUAAAACCUAAAGAGAUGAUAGAAGAAAAGUUUAUAGAUGGAAAUUUUAUUCUUCUGUAUUUAUCAUUGUGCUUUAUGAUUUUAUUAUUUUGUAAGAUUGGUGGGAUAAUUCCCUAUGUUAGGAAUAUUCCCUAUGUACCAAAGUUACGUUUUCUAGUAAUGGCUUUUGCUACUGUAACAUCUUUUACUUUGAACUACUCAUUGGCGUCGCUUUCUACAUCCAGAUGUAACCGUGACUAUUUGAUAAAUAUGGCAAUGUUACUUGGUUUGGUGUCUGGAAUAAUAUAUUCUUGGGUAUCACAAUGGUUAACUUAUCGCAUGUUUUUGUAUGAACAAUUCAGGUUGAUUUACGCCAGAUUCCGUCUGAUAUAUCCUAGUUCAGUCUAUAGAUAUCAACCUGGUUGGUUUUGGUGGUUUGAGGGUUUUGUUAGUUUUUUGAAGAUGGACUUUUAUGCAAUGGUUGUCAUGUUGACAUUUGGAAAUCUGAAGGAAAGCUAUGACCCAUUCAGCUUCGGUUUUAGUUCACGUUUUGAGGCAAACUAUGAUCUGGUCGAUAGUGGAUCCCACAUAUUUAGUGAGGAGGACUGUCUGAAACACAUAAAGAAAUCUGUGUUGGAGGCUUCCCCAAUGAAGUUAUCUACUAUGUUAGAUCUGAGAUCUUUCCUUUCUAUUCCAAGGAAUAACUGUAACUUCUUGACGGAUGUGGACGACGGCGAAUCUGUCAACUACUCCGUGGAUUUACUAUGGCAAUCCUGGAAAACUGGUGUGAAAGCUACAUCAUUUGCUGACAGAUUGCAACAUUUAAGAGAAAAUGCACUUAAACUUGCUGAAAAGGCGGUACAAAAGAGUGCAAGGGAUAGUAGCUACGACUUUGAUUCCGUAAAUCAGUUGAAAGUUAUGUUUGAAUUCCAAAAUGAGCAUUUAUUAGAUUUACCCUCGAAAUGUCUGACAGAUGCGGCUGGAAACUCACAAAUUCUACUUUCCGUUCAAGCUAGGAAGCUUUUGAAAUUGUAUGAGAAAGAGUACCUGCGUCUGUGGCACUCUUACUAUUCUGACCAUUCUGAAGGAGAAAAGGUCGAAAAAUAUGCCUUACCUGGUGAUAUUAUGUCAAUGGCAGAACUACUCUCAGAAUUUAAACAAUGGGAGAAGAAUAAGUAUGAGAUGUGUGAUGAGGUAUUCGGCUCGCAUGAUAUCUGCAAAAGUGUAGUUUCCAGAGUGGUUGAAGAAUUUAAUUCUAUAUUGGCAGAUAAUACACCCUUCGCCAUAAUAGAAAAUUAUAAGGGAAUCAUCUCCGAUUCUUAUGUGGUGGAAGAAAUGCCUAGUGAAAUAAAGAUCGCCAAAUUCUUGACUGAGGCAAGUAAAUCUAGCGACAUACAACAACUCAAUCUGAUAAAAUCUGAAAUGGCAUCCCUAAUGCAAAACAACGAUCCAAAUUUAAAGAAGUAUAUUGGAACACUUUUGAACGGUUAUGUCUCUCUUUGUAAGAAUAUAGAUGCAGAGUCUUCAAUGUCGGAAAAGUUCUGGAAACACGAUGGUUAUCUACUCGGCGAAUGGAUGAGAUGGCAAGGACUACCGACGUCUAACGAUGUCAUUGAUAUGUUUUUCAAACUCUACUCAUUUUAA